AUGUUCACCAGGCCAACGGGAACGCAAACUAUUCGUACAGGAGGACCUGUUCAUUCCUAUGAUCACAUACCUGACAUAGGCUCAGUAAAACCAAGAGCCAAUAGCGACGAGACUGAAGAUCAUGGCCACGAGGCUGGAAAUCUGGGUGGCUAUCAGGCUCCAAAAGAUCAGCCGUCACCCGUCUUCCAUGCGCAGAAUGAUCCUCAGCUGUUCCAGGACUUUACCCUAGGAUUUGACCAAUUCAAUCUGAACGACAGUAAUGCGCAUAUCAGCGCGGGUCACAGCCCGCAUAUCUCGCCUCAUUUGCUCCCGCAGGACCAACAAGUUAUCCCAUCCGACCAGAAAGACAUAGAGACAACAGAGGAACGCUCUAGUUUUUUGAAGAAGUUAACCAUAUCCCGAGAUCGGACAGAAGCCAGCAACUUCGAAGAAGAAAGACUUCUGGCGAUUGCUGCGAACCCGGGGACAUCCACUAGAGAUGGUAUUCCGCAAAUAAAUAUUGCGGGACCAGUUCUGGCGUCGGCUCAGCCUAUUCCUGAAGACUAUCAGAUGCAGCUUAUGCUUCUGGAACAACAGAACAAAAAGCGACUCCUCAUGGCGCGACAAGAACAAGAUCAACAAGAAAAAGAAGAAAAGGAAAGAGUAUUGGCAGCUGGCGUCCCUUCCAUGCCCUUCUCCAAAGGCUCUCGCCCCAGCAAAUCCCCCGAGACUGGCUUCCAUACAACCAUGAGUUUCGACAUGCGACAGUCACCCUUACAUGGCAUCCAAAGCACACCCUCUAUUCAUUCGAGGGAAACUUCGGCUCGAACUCACGGUAAUGCUGGUGAAUCAGAGCUCGUCAGCCGACUUCUGAGACGAAUUGAUGAUCUCGAAAGAAGUGCUAGAAGAUCAGAACAUCCACCAAUGCAGAGUUCCAGACCGCCCCGUUUCCAGAUGCUCUUUGUAUUAGAUGAUGCAAACCAUACCGUUUGUCUUCAGGAGCCAACUUGGACUUUCGGGGAAGGUGACGGACUGCGGCUCAAAGCGGAGCUACCAUUGGUCGAUCUAGAUACCCAUCUGCGAAAGAAUGAUGACAUCUCCUUCGUAGUGUACAAGUCGUACACAACACCAAAAGUCAGCGUUACGGAGCUCGCCGAAAGAUUAGAAACAGGCGUGCUUCCCGCCCCGGAACCGUCGAACGAAUACAUUGCCAUCAUGUCCAAAGACCUGCGCGCGGCUUUGCAAAUGUAUCUCAGAUCAGUAUGCUUAGUUGAAGAGAAACAGCUUGAUUUCUUCUUGCAUACCCUACACGCUCCCUACCUGUUUUGGUAUCGUGGCAGAUCAAACAGACAGAUUUUGUCACAUCAGCUUCCAAAGUUUCAAGCGCAGCUGGACUUACUGUUCGGCUGGAUUGAGCGCAAUUACGCCACAAAGUUCGACCGGUUCGACGAAAUGAUAUCUCGUGGGCGCGUUUCCCAUGCAUUCACUGAAUAUCUCUUCUUCCCAGGCGACGUUGUCGUGAACAAGGAUGGCGACAAGACUAGAGCCUACCAAUUGCAAGGCAUGCCGGCGUUGAAAAGGUCGUUCGGACGUACUCACCAUUCGCAACAAUUUGAGAAAUUGUCUCGUGCAAGUCCAACGGCCAACGAAAGAGCUAGGACUAACGAACCAUGGGUUUGGGAGACUGCAUGCUCGACAAUCGUAUACGAUGGUCGGUUUUAUUCUCAAAAUGAUAAACUCACCCUCAAACUGGUUGCAGAGAGUCACAAUGAAGAAGUCGACAUUACUGAGUUGACUGUCAUCCCUCUACAAUUUGUUGGAAAAGAUCUGCGAGAACAACUCAUGCGGAGAGGCCGUACAUUCUGGUCCUGUCGUUUUCAGCGCCCAAUUUCGUAUAAUGGCCGAGAUGAAGAUGCGUUGCAUACGGACGGUGAGCGAUACGUAAUCGACAACAAAUCCUACAAGAGGCUCCACGUAGAUGAGCAAAAGUCGAAACGAUUCCAGGAUCCUACGUUUACAAGUAACGACAACGAUAGAACACCGUUGUUCGUGGAGGAAAUGGAUAACGACGAGCCUCCUCAAACACCCUACAUAUACCUAUUCCCACCAACGAUACCUGGCUUCUCCUUGCGUCGCAAAUUGUGGACCGACCUAGUGGUCGACAAGAUAGUCGAUAUUUCAUGGAACAAAGAAGCUUUCAAGCAUCUAGUCGCCGACGACAAGACAAAGGAGCUCGUUCAAGCUCUUGUGGCUGACCGGAUCUCUAGCGAAAGAAACACAGAUAUCAUCCAGGGAAAAGGCAAUGGGCUCAUCAUUCUUCUACAUGGAGGUCCUGGCACCGGUAAGACCUUUACUGCAGAAAGCGUCGCUGAACUGGCCGAGAAACCGCUCUAUCCUGUAACAUGUGGCGACAUUGGCACGGAGCCGGAGCAAGUCGAGCGAUAUCUAGAGUCAGUAUUGUAUCUAGGCAACCUAUGGGAUUGUGUCGUGCUUCUUGAUGAAGCCGACGUUUUCCUUGAGGAGCGAGGAAUAGCUGAUCUAGCACGCAAUGCUCUAGUUUCAGUCUUUCUCCGUGUACUAGAGUACUAUGAUGGCAUCCUUAUCCUCACAUCCAAUCGUGUCGGCACAUUCGAUGAAGCCUUCAAAUCUAGGAUCUCGCUUGCUCUACACUACCCCAACUUCACGAAGUCGCAACGUUGCCGUAUCUGGAAGAACUUCCUGAACCGCCUGAAAGCGCUGAAAGAGCCGGAUAUCGAUUUCGACGACAUUGAGUGCAAUAUAUUAGAAUUGGCGAAAGAGGAGCUUAAUGGAAGGCAGAUUCGUAACGCAAUCACCAUAGGAAGGCAACUCGCAAAGUUCCAGAAGAAAGAAAUGUCGUACGCGCAUCUGAAGCACGUCGUUGAGGUAGCCGGGCAGUUUGAAACGUACGUCAAAGAGACAAAGGAGAACUUCUCGGAUGAGCAGAUUGCUCGGCUUCAAGGACGUCGGUAG